AUGAGGAAGAUCUGGGGAAAAAGAGACGGUAAGGACAAGAGGAAAAGUUUAUCGUCAAAAUUCACCAACGGGUCCAACAACAACCAGGACUAUGAUGAUACUAGCUCACUCCAAAGUGGAGCCACGGGAAGCAUCUCUGGUGGUAAUUCAUCAUAUUAUGAGCGACACAUGGACUAUACCCACAACAACAGAAGCAAUACCCACCUAAACCACGGUGGAAACGACGAUGAUAUAAUGUCAAUCAGGGAAGAAAGAGAAGAUGGAGACAGAGAAGAAAGAGAAGAAAAUGGGAGGAGCGGAGACAAUAAUGAACACGAUCACGACCAACAAACUAUUUCAAACGAAUCUCGUCUCUCACAUGAUGAAAUCUCCACUUUACCAACUGCUCCAACUCACAAGCAAAAUACAAGAGCAAAUCAUUCUAUAACUGGGGCUCAGCUUGCACGCGCACCUUCUAAUACGUCUACAUUAGCAUCUACUUAUACUCCGUCAAAGAGCUCUACUCAACAGCUGGCAUACACCAUAACAUCACAGCAACACGGACAACAACAUGGACCACAACAAGGACAACAACAAGGACAACAACAAGGACAACAACAAGGACAACAACAUGUAGAACCACAUAACCAGAGUCCACUCAGACUUAGCGCAUUGGUGAAGCAAGACUAUGAUACCACCGUUGUCAAGACUGGGUGGCUCAACACCAUUGUGAACAAGAAUGGGGAUAUUGAUCAGCAAAACUUGAAAAUAUAUAGAGUGGAAUUAAAAGGUUCCUUUCUUCACUUGUAUAAACCAGCAUCAAAUCUAAAUAUCAAAAGCUUCAAAUUGGAUAACAAUUUGGAAAAUGAAUUUAGUAGUACAGGAGGUGCGCCUAGUAUAUCAAAUGCAAGCGAUGAUGCAACUUUAACAGAUUCUGCGAGACAAGCUGAUCACAUGAGUUCAACUAGCCCUACAAAGAGAUUUAAUAACCUAAGUGAUUUUGAUAAAAGCAACAUCAGUAUUUCCUCGCCUCAAAUGAUUGAAACUCCAAUCCAUACUCAACCCGAAGACAAACUAGCACCAGCAUUAGCAACGAAUGUGGACAUGACAACGAAUUCAACAGCACCAAUGACAACAACAUCAACUACUAUUUCGACAAACUCAGACGCCAACGUUACGACAAAAAUAGAAAAAUUGGACAAAAUGGACAAUAUAGACAAUGUGGACAAUAUAGACAGUAUGGACAAUAUGGACAAUAUGGAUAAAAUAGAUAAAACGGCAAAAACGACAAAAAUGGCAAAAUCAGCGGAACCAUCAGAGCCAUCAAUACAAACAAGCACUUUUGCGUCACCUCCAGGAAAAAUUGUGCCAAUAUCGUACUUUUCAAGCAUCAUUCCACAUCCACAACUUCGGUACGACUUUCAUACCCAUAGGUUUACGACAUAUUUAUUCAGCAAUGAUGACAACACGUUAGAAUCGAUUAUUCAUUUCUUUUUCUUCACUGAAGAUCCACUUGAUCAGCCGUCAAUCAAUACUAUUACAAGCACACUUCCUCUUUUACCCAAUUUUGGCCAAAUACUACAAUACAUUGGAUAUUACCUCGAAACAAUUUUUGACGACAAGUUUGAGUUAGCUGGCAAGACCCAAUUGGUAUGCGAGCGAACACUUGUAUUAUUGAGCAACUUGGAAACCCAUUUUGACGGGUUUUUGUUAAACUCUGAUGUUGGACCCUCCAUUCUUAGGAUCGUAGAGCUUCUUUCACAAGUACAGGAUUUUGAUCAAGGUAUGGUUUCAAGCCUUAAGCAAAGAAUGUUGAUUAAGCAACAAGGUCUAAUUGACUUGGUCAAUAACAGUAGCCUAGCUCCAGCGCCAGAACUAGUAUUGGAUCUGCCAACACAAACUUCAACACCGGCACCAACUUCAUCAACAAAUUCAGAUCCUUUUAAGGACCUUUCAUCGCUGGUGUUUAUGAAGGAUGUGAACUUGAUAGAGUUUGCUAAGACUAUUAGCGACUUGGAUUUGAAAUAUUUCUCGUCAUGGAAUUCAAAUAUUGACAAGUCAUUGCUCUUGGCAUCAUCAAUCAAUACUACCAAGGAAACCAAGAACCAGUUUUACAAAAAGAAUCCCCUUAUUUUCAACAAUAAUAAGCAUAUACACUAUUUAUCAAGAUUGCUCAUUAACCACAUUUUUGUUGAGCAAGCGCUGGCUAGAUCAAUGAGCUUUGCAAUUUUAGAAUCGAAAGCAAGGAUAUUGGAGAAAUGGAUUGACUUGGGAUGUCUCUUGGACAAGUCAGGCAAUAUGUCCUCAUGGUUGGGCAUAUCAUCUAUAAUAUUGUCUCAGCCGGUUUUGCGUUUAACCAAAAUUUGGUCACUUGUAUCUAAUGACUAUAUUAAAUUGUUGAAGAAUGAUUGGUCGCCCGUGUUGUUUGAGUUGGAUCGGCGAUAUUUGGUACAUGAAACAAGUGGCGGAGACAAUGGGCUCUCGACUCUUGGUGAAAAGCAGGAACUGACACCAUCAAAAGAGUCGUACCAUAUCAUGGCACCAAGAGGUUUGGGCAAGAUUUAUGCUAAGGAAAGAGUGAUUCCUUAUUUCAGUGACUUGGUGAUCAACAACCUGGGUCUUACUGAAAAUGUUGAUGUUUACGAGUUGGAAUCAAUAUGGAAAAGAAUCAAUUAUUCGUUUGAUCGAUGGAAUGACUAUUUGUCGAAUUUGAAUAACCAUGACGAAAUUAUUAAAUAUAAUGAAGAUGUCUUGAGGCGGUAUGAUACUAUGGGUUUUAUAUUUUCAAACGAAAGCUUGAAUCAGAUCUUGUACCUAGGUGGAAACAACGACGAAGACGUUGAACCACACGCGCUCCGUGACGAAAUGAAUCAAAGGCAUAAUAGAAAUCAUGAUUAUGACCAUUCCUCAACAAGAGAAGGAAGUGAUAGCAACGCCAAGAUCACUGAAGGGCUAUUGAGAUUAAUUGAAGUCAAUUGCAACUCGAUUGAUUUAGAGCAGAUUAUGAAAUUAUCGCUAAAUUUGGAACCCGAUUUACCAGAGGGAUACCUUACAAUGAUCAACUCGCAACUGGUGAUUCCAUCAACACCAUUAGAUUUAACAUUUCCUCAUAAAAAUCAAUCAAGUUUAUCGGUCAACUCUGUGGAAACUCAAUCAUCACUUGAAUCGAGCCUCAAUAAUCAGGGUUUCAAUCCCUCUGCACGGCUACCAACAUUUAACAACAAUUAUUUUAAGCUCGAUUUUGCCAAAUAUGACGAAUUGGCUGUAGCAGAUGACAAAAUAGUCCACCAACAACAAUUGGAUCCGUCCGUAAAUAAACACAAUUUGGUUAUAGAUGAUGAGUUAACAUUUCGGAUUGAUGAUUUUGUUACAGAAGUGGACUCUAACGGAUCCGGUGCCGUUGAUGAUCGUGACCAAGUUGCUGGCUCAUUAGAUGGGGGCGAGGAGGAAGACCUGCCUGGGUUGGGUAUUGAUGUCGAUGAUAUUUUGAGCUCUGAAAAGUUUAACAAUUUCACCAUAUCACCAAAAAGUGAUAACAACAGACGCUCCUCUUCUCACAAGCACUCACGCUCACACUCACACUCACACUCACACUCAAACUCAAAUUCGCAUUCGCAGUCGCAUUCGCAGUCGCAGUCGGGUGCAGGUUCCAACGUUGCUUCUAGCGCCAGAAUGGAGGGAAUAAAGACAAUUUAUAGCUUUGUUCCCAAAUACGCUACUAUCGAUAGGCUCAUUGACUUGCUUUUAAUUGAUGCAACUUAUUUUCAUAAUGAUGUACAUUUGGACUUGACAGAGUAUCGAUUUGUGUUUCUCCUUAAUUAUAAUUCUUUUAUGACCACAAAGGAAUUGUUGGACAAGUUGGUGCACAGGUUUGUGAACUCGGGAAAUGCAGUAUUGAGCGUGAUGAAGAAAAAUCACUUGUUGAAAAAAAUGAAUCAUGAGGUCAAGUAUACAAAUGGUGUGACUGGGAAGAUGCAUGAACCAAAUUUCGAGAAAUCUACACCACAAUUGCCCAUUAAUUUCCCCAACUGGGAUUUAGACCCAACAAUUGACUUGACAGAAAUGGGCGAAGUGGAUUAUGAAUUACUCUUGAAGAUUCAAAUUAACAUCUUAAAGGUUCUUAUUGUGCUUCUCAAUAAUUUUUAUUCAAACUUUUCACUAAACUUGUCAAAUAAAUCCAUUUUGAUCAAGCUUUUGAAAUUGUUUAGCAAUGAAAUUUUGCAAUGGUACAAUUCAAAUAAGAUUGAUGCUUCUUUGGAAAGAUUGUUUGAAAGUUUGGUUUCUUACUACAAAAAAUUGAAGAAGUUAUUUGUCAAAAAGACAUAUAGACCUAACGAGAUUUCAAAAUUUGAUGAGUAUCUCAUUAACGAAUACAAGUUUAACAGCUCAUUAUCAGAAGUACCAAUGAACCGAAACUUACCCAGUCCCAAAAAUGUGCACAAGAUUGAAAAAUUUUUAUACAAAUUUAAUAAGUUGUUGACCAUAUUCUAUAAAGGUAUUAAAGCAGAGGACUGGGUUAAAGCGUACAAGAUUUUAGAAAAUUUGUACGAGUUGAAUGCAUUGUGGGACUUUAAUUUACAAAGACCUACGGGUAUUGGUUCUGGAUCAGGUGUUGGAAAUGGAAAAGGAAAAGGAAACGGAAACGGAAGCGGAAAUGUAAAAGGAGCAGGGGUAGGAGCAGGAGCAGCCAUAGGAGAAGAAGAUGAGAAGCUUGUGAUUUCCAACAUUUUCAAUUUUUUUGAAACGUUAGUUUCUCCCGAAGAAAGACAAUUGGUCUUGAAACAAUUUCCACUUGUGUUUCGCAAGUUGUUUAAAUUAUAUUUCAGGUUCAAGACGUACUUGUUGGUGCAGUUAACGGAUCCAAAUAUCACCACUGAGGAAAGACUCGAAAGAAUGAAAACGCUACUUUUGAUGACCAAGAUUUCCAAGUUGAAGAUGAAUGAUAAUCAGUUUGUCUUUGAAGGCAAUGGCCAUAUACCCUCAUGCGUAGAAACCGCAAUCAUCAAUGUUAUCUAUAGUCCCGAGAGCCGAAUGUUUUCCAACUUGUGGGUGAAAGCGGCGCUUGCGUUAGAUGAGUCAAGAAGAAAUUCGCAAUUCAAUAGCAUCGAAGAAAUGAUCCCGCUGAAUAUAUCAGUACUUGACUUGCAAUCAACAGAACCACUUUUGCCAUGUUUUGGGUGGAUUAUUGAAAAUCUUAUUGCAAGCGAUAAGUGUCCUUCUUUUUACAAAAAGAUGGUCAAUUUCAAUAAACGUUACCUCAUUUUCAAAUUGAUCAAGGAAUUGGGGAUUGAAGAUUUUGAGGAGUCGACUUUAACAAACUCAUCGCUGACUUCGGAAGCUACGUUUCACGAAUCAAGAGAGUUUGAUUUCUUAUUGAAAUUGAAUGAAACGCUAGUGAAUUCGCAAUUGAUGGAGAAUGUUUAUGGACGACAAGCACAAAGUGAUAAAGCGCCUAUUUUUUCCGGGGUUUUACGCGAACAGCAAAGAAUCUUGCUUAUGGAUAAUCAGAAAAAGUAUUUGAGAGAUACAAAAUAUGUCAUCCAUGGCACGGCACUGUUGAGUGCUACUUCUGUUAACAAUUUUAACACUAUCCAUGGCCCCAACAAUAACAGCAGCGGCAUCGCUACCGGCGCCACCACUACCACCACCACCACCGGCGGCAGCAGCAGCGGGAAUUUUCGCAACCACAACAUUCAUGGAAUACACGGCAAUGAUAGCAUUAAUAAUAGCACUACAUCAAUCUUGUCGAAAAAGUCAUCAAACAACUCGCUCAAGAGACAAUCUUUAUCUUACAAAUCCAAUAGUUCUUCUCGAUUUAAGAUUAGUGGGCUUUUUAGUAAAACGCGUCCGUUUCUUUCGAGUAGUGAAAUAGUUUCGGUCAAAGAUUUGCCGAAUCUGGAUGCUAGGGGUGAAAAACCCGCCAAGGCACAUAUUAGUAUCUCGCUUCGAAACCGCAAGAUUUUCCCAGUUUACCAACUCCAAUAUAGUUUCAAAAUUGAUGGUGAUUCUCCUGAAAAUGAAUUUUUCUUUCAAGCAACAUCAAAUGAUGAGCUUAACGACUGGCUCGUUAAACUCAAUUAUGCCAACCGCCACUGGUUUUACUCCAAGGUGUUGAAUUUUAGAUUCAGCGGAGGUAGCAAUAGCAACAAUCUCGUAUUUGGUUUACCAUUGGAAUUCAUAUGUAUACGUGAGAGGAUGGAAAUACCCACUGUACUAAACCAGCUUCUUGAGGCUAUUGAGAGUGAAGGAUUGGAUGAAGUUGGGGUAUAUCGUAUUUCCACGAGUUUAUCUGAAAUCAACAAUCUCAAAAAUACCAUUGACCGAAUGGGGUGCAUGGAUGAUAAAGAGUAUGACACACACACGUUGACAUCUACUUUAAAAGUAUACUUCCGGAUGCUACCAGAUUCGAUCUUAACUGACGAGGCAAUUGAGAGAUUUUAUAUUAUCAAGGAUAACAAGGGGUUUGAUGAAUACCGAGAGAUAUUGGAGUUGCUUCCAAAGAGUAGUUAUAACACAUUAAAAAGGUUGAUUAAACACUUGGUCAAAGUUUGUGAGCAUUCUGAAACAAAUAAGAUGACCACCUCAAACAUUGCUACCGUCAUUGGUCCAACACUCACGGAGGCAAGCUCGCUUGACAUUUUGAUUCACAAUUUUGGAUUUAUAAAUCUGGUGUUGGAGAAAAUGAUUUUAAAUUAUGAUGAUAUUUUUGAAUAG